AUGCCAGCUCCAAAAACAGAGUCCCCAACUCCAUCCACACGUCCUGCCCGGGAGAAUAAACUUCCCUGGCGCCUGACAAUCAGUGAUAUUUCGAAAAGUGCUCCAGCUUCUCUGAAGCGUCGUGCUCAAGAAUCAUCCAGUCCGGUUGUGAUACAGAAAGCAAAGGCUAAGAAAACACCGAAAAAGUCAGUACGAGCUAGACCGGCCCCAGCUACACCAACUCGACCUACAUCAGCUCGAGCUGCUACAUCGGCCCGAGCUGGACUGGCCCGAGCUGCACAGUUACCGGCGAGGUAUCGGGAGGAGGAUGGGCCAUCUUCUUUGAAAAUUGCAUCCAAAAAGAAGAGGAAGUCACUAAAGAAGGCUCCAAAGAAGAAAAUCCCAAAGAAGAAAGAAGAUUCGGUACCUAGCAAGGAUGAAAGAUCGGAAAACGAGAGUAGUGAUGAAGAUGAAGAUUCGGAGUCAAGAAAGAUCAAUAAGAAGAAAAUGGUUGCUCCACCUCCACGCACAGUCGCUCCACCGUCAUCAAGUGAAAGCAAUAGUAGAGCGAACCAUGAAAGUGAACCACCAAUAAAAAAACGACGUAUGGAUACAUCCCCAGAGAACAUGGAGACUUCGUCAAAUAAAGACGAUUCGGAAAAGGAAGAAGAAGAAGAAGAAGACACAAUGGUGGAGGAUUCAGAGGUUGAAGACUCAACGGAAGCAGUUCUUCCACUCGAUAUUGAGAUGGAAGAACCAACUCAAUCCAUCCAGUCAACCACUCAAGCAUCUCCAAGUUCUGAUACAGAAGUGGAGGAUCAAGAAAUGGCAAAUACUGUCCAGCCAGAAAUUACUCGCCCGGAGCAUCAAGAGAGCUCGCUGCCACAAGCCAGACAGUCGGAGCUACCAAUAUCCGCUUCAACCAUAAAAUUCAACUUCAACGUAGCACCCAUACCAAAAUCAGUCGUCAAUCAGACUGGUCCCAGCACUUCCAGCAUUUUCCUCAAUACACCUGGAAAACCAGCGGGAGGUAUCACGGGAAUGUUUGGGAAACGCGAGCAAGCAUUCUCGUUCGUUUCUCCAACGUUCAAAGCCGCUCCUCUCACGUUCAACGUUCCACGUAAUGUGAAACAAGUGGAUUCUGAUGAUGAUGAGAAGGAAACUCCUAGACAACCCAUGCCCAGCACUUUGCAGUUCCAGCAAACUUCGGAAACACAAAUUUCUCCUUUUCGGCGAUUCUCGACUGCUCCAAUCAAAGAGUCUCCGCUUCCAAUAGAGAUAUUCAAAUCACCUAUGGAAGCACGAGAAGAAAGACUACUUCGUAGAAAUGAUAGUGAACCAACCAGCAGCCAGAAUUCUGCGUCAAAAUCUUCAAGUCAUCAGCAUUCUUCCGAGAGCCGACGUCGCCAGGGAGAUGUUGUGAACAGAAAAGACAAUCAACGACAAGUUGAGAGAAUACCAUAUGAAGACUCUCCGCUUCCAAUAAGGAAAGUCAAAUCAGUUAUGGAAGAACGAGAAGAAAAACGUCUUCAAAAUUUGGAGAAGCUUCAUAGAAAUAAAAGUGAAACAACCAGCCACCAGAAUUCUGACUCACAAAGCCGCGAGCCAGGACAGAGACCGGAUUCUCAUUCCUUGGGUCGUCAGGAUUCUUCCGAUAGUCGACAGCGCCAUGGAGAAGUUGUGAACAGAGAAGACAAUCAAGUUGAGAGGAAACAACAUGAGUCCUCCACAACUGCAACACAUCAAAUAAAAGUUGAGCAGUUGGAAGAAUCUCCUGAGGAAGAUGCAUUCUCCGAAAUAUUUCGAAAUCUUCAAAAUAAAAGUUGUCGCGAAUAUCUCGAAGCACUCAGUCGCCGCGAUUCUGGGCCUUGUAGUCGCGCAUCUGAGGUCAGAGAUGUCAGAGAUAAGAGGUCGGACUCUCAUUCCUCACGUCGCCAUGAUUCUGAAAGACUUAGCAACUCGGAUUCUAGUGCUCCGCAUCGACCGGAUUCUUUCGAAAAACGUCGUCAGCAUGAAGAAGCCGUCCGAAGAGAAGGGAACCAACGUCAGGAGGCUCGAUCAAAGUCUAGAGGACCACAAGGACGAGAGUCUGGCUCCAGAAGAGGCGUCGAUGUGGAUAGUCGUACUGAGAGAAAACCACAAGAGAACUCCACGCCCGCGACACGUCAAGUAAAAAAAGAAGAACUGGAAGGAUCUCCAGAGCCAGAAACACCUAUUCGAAAUACAAGUCGUCGCGAAGAUGUCGAAGCAACCAGUCGCCGCGAGGAUUCUGUAUUGCCUAGUCGCGCAUUUGAGGUCAGAGACGUCAGAGAUUCAAGAUCGGACUCUCGUUCUUCACGUCGCCCGGAUUCUGAAAGACCUGGCACCUCGGAUUAUCGUUCUUCACAUCGACAUGAUUCUUUUGAAGGACGUCGUCAGCAUGCAGAAGCCGAUAGAAGAGAAAAGAAUCAAAGUCUGGAGGCUCGAUCAAACUCUAUAGGACCGCGGGGACAAGACUCUGGAUCUAAAAGAGGCAUCGAUGUGAAACCAUACGAUAACUACACACCCGCAACACAUCAAAUAAAAGUUGAAAAGCAGGAAGAAUUUCCAGCAUCAGAAGCACGUAUCCAAGAUCAAAGUCAUCGCAAAGAUGUCGCAGCAACCAGUCGCCGCCAGGAUUCUGCGUCUCGUCGCCGCGCAUAUGAGCCAAGUCCAAAAUCAGGCUCUUACUCCACGAGUCGUCGAGAAGAACGUCACCACGAUGCAGUAAGAUCAGAGUACUCAGGUUAUGGUUCUUCACAACGUCAGGAUUCUCGCGCAUCCGAGGUCAGAGAUGUCAGAGAUCGGAGAUCGGACUCUCGUUCUUCACGUCGCCCGGAUUCUGAAAGACCUGGCACCUCGGAUUAUCGUUCCUCACGUCGACAGAACUCUUUUGAAAGACGUCGUCCGCAAGAAGAAGUUGCCAAAAGAGAAGAGAACCAACGCCAGGAUGUCCGAUCAAGAUCAAGUAAACAAUCCAGCAAUGGUGAUGAAUUCAGAAAACACCCUGAGACGGGUCGUCGUACGGAUAGAACGUCAUACGGUAACUACGGGAAUAAUGAUAACCGUAGUAGAAACAGUUUUAACAAUCGAAUGGAUGAGAGAAGAGUGGUCUACAAUCAACGUCAAGAGGACAUCCCAUCAACAUCGCGAGGAACAGAAGCACAUCACUCAGAUAAUUUGGCUUCAGAAAGAGGUCCGUCGAAAAAAGUCGUAGGUGAUAGCCAAGGGAAAACUCUUAAAUCAUGCUGGGAUCAUGUGACCAAGGAACAGAGAGAACUUCUCCUCAAUAAGGGGAUAGAUGUUCGUGCAGUCGAAGAAGGGAAAGCGUCGUACAUCAAAUCCGACGCCAGUAAGCUCACAGCAGGAGACCUCGAAGAGCUCGCGACACGUCAAGCACGUACUUUACGUGCAAGAUCUGAAAGUGGACGACACCCGAUUUCAGAGAUAUGUGCCGGAUACGUGAAAUUCCUUGCCAACGACAUUCGAAAUCGAUUGGGACUUGUGAAGCUGAUCGUCGGAGACAAAGUAUAUAAACUCAGAUAUCGAUACGUUUAUAUUGAAGGAGAAGCUGAUUUGAUUGCGAAGGCUCGACUGGAACUGGAUGAAAUGUGUCUGCAACGAUUAGAACACAAGUACAAUGAAGAAAAAGGAAACGCCGAGCAGUUAGUUAACUACAUUCAUCAUAUUCCAGAGGAAGUCGCCGAAAAAAUGCGCUUCCAGCGAGUGUUCAAUGAAGCAAUGCGCAGAGUGGAAAGAUGUGGCGUCCAAAUCCUCCAUCAACAAAAUAGGCAUACCGAGGAAGACAAUCCACCAAUGGAUAUCCAUGGACGCGCGAACCGAAUCCGCGAAGGAAAACGUUGUCUGGACAAUUUCUUAAAAGAGCUCGCCAAUCAGAAAACUCAUCAAAUCCAUAUCCCAAUGGACAUUAUUGGAGAAAUUUGUCGUCAUCAAAGAUCGACGAUCAACGAAAUAGAGCGAGUCACCAAAACAAUCAUUUUCGUUGAUCCACACAGCGGUGAAGUUGAAAUUGAAGGAGGAGAGAUGGCGAUUCGGGAUGCAGAAACCCAGAUCAGACAACGAAUCGAGUGGAGACAAGAAAGGAUUCCAAAGAGGGAAUUUCUGGAAAUGGAGAUUCCUGGGAACUCCAUUUCCGGAAUUAUUGGAAAAAGAGGAUCUACCAUCAAUAGGAUUCGAGAGAUAUCCGGUGCCAAGAUCUUAAUCCCGAAUCGAGCAGAACCGGGAGAAAGGACAGCGACCGUCAGCAUCUCUGGAGAUCGAGAACAAAUUCAGAAGGCUCGAAUUGAAAUUGAAUAUGAGUUGGAAGAGAUGAGAAACAAUAAUCGAGGUCGCCAACAUCUAUACUUCCACUAA